ACUCACUACUCCGCAAAGGGGUCCCCUUCCUCCUCACCAUCGCGACCUUGAACACACUCCUUGAUUCUCAUUCUCCUCACACCGCCCCAACCAUGACCAUCGCCAUCGCUAGCCGCCCUUCUUCAUCGGGUUAUUGGUCGCCCAUCCGCUCGCAGAGCCCCUCCCACUCGCAUGCUCAAGCGACGCCAGUCUCGAAGCGCAAGCGUACCUCGUGCGUAUUCGACAAUGAUGCCGGCAGCACCAGCGCCGGAUGGCCUCAGUCCAUGAUGGCAUCGCCCUCGCCUUCUCACUCUCAGCGGGGCGCGGCGGUGGAUGCGGAUGUCGCUGCAACGAAGCGCUCCCGAACGCUCGCACCCACAUCCCCUCACCUGCUCAGCACUUCCCCCUCGAAUGUCCCCUUCUCCUCGGCCUUUCGAGCCCCAACCACCUCGCGCCCACCAACUGUAGACGAGCAACAAUCCUGGUCUUCCUCCUCCUCUCAGCCUAGCUCUUCCCCUCCAGCAGGGGCGUACGCCUCGCCUUCCUCGACGUGGACGAAAGUGACGACCGACUAUGGGCACGCAUGGGAGCCGAGUGCAGGGAGCACGGGCAAGGCCAAGGAGGAGAGUGGCAUGGGCAUGGCUGUAGACGAUGAGGAGGAGGAGAAGGAGGCUAUCAAGCGCUGGAAAACUGGCGAAUGGCUCACCGGCUCCUCCACCAUCAACACCACGACGUCGUCCUCGUCGACUGCCUCCCCUCUCUGGACUCACAUUGAGGGCGACAGCGACAUGAUGUACGACCCAGACACUGGGCGCAGGGGGGACAGCAUUGCGUGGGACUCGGACAUCCUGCAGCUUCGUGUGCCGACCAACACGCACGCCCAUCCUUACUCUCCGUCUGCUACUUCGGCGUCGAACAGCCGUGCUCAGUUGGGAGCGACGUACUUUGAUCAGGCGGUCUGGCAGGCCAACCAGGAUAGGAUGAUGCAGUAGCGGCCGUCCGAACAGGUCAAGCCAACCCAGGCGCUAUGCUGCAUCGUUUCGUUUGCUUUCGCACUCUCUCUUCCUCACACACACACACAUCACAAUUAGCAUCCAACACCGAGGUCAUCUCUCUCUUUCCCCACCCACCGCCUCCUCUCAGCAUCCAUCCGCCCAUCCAUCAUCCUUGUACAUCAUCGCGCCACAAAGUCAGAGGUUCACACAAAUGUAAUUUUUCCCCUUCUCCCAUUCAUUCAUUCAUCUCUGUCGGCGCUCGCGCUUCUACUC